CAAUAGUGCGUAGAAUUCCGUAGUUGUCAAUUCCUUUUAUAUAGAACUUGAACAUCAUUAUCCGAUUGGUCGAACCAUCCACCCUCCCACUCCGAUAACAUGACGAUGACGAGAUUCUACGGCCAAUCGGAGUGUAUGUAAGGCGAGGGUGUUUGGUAUGCUCUAGGACAGGGCAGCUUGUUCGCAGUAAUUCAAGGUUUUGACUGUGUAACAAUAUUGUGUUAUCGUUAUUUGUUAUAAGAGAAAUAAUUCGUUUUUACAAUAGCCGCGAAAUCUUGUUGGAUUUAAGUUAACUGCGCAUAGAAUGGCUGCAGUUUUUGAUAUUGAAUUGCACGAUGCAGACACAGUAAAUAGGGACGAGUCUGAUGAUGAUGUUAUCGAGAUUGGCGAGGAAGAAUACGAUGCGAAUCCAAAUGUGAAUGAAAUAACCGACUCGGAAGGUGUCGAGACAGUUCCAAUAUCAGAACAAAAUGUUAAUCGCGGAAGGGAAAGAGCUGGACCACAGGAUUUCGAGCUAUGCAAAGUUAUUGGAAAGGGUGGUUAUGGCAAGGUUUUUCAAGUGCGUAAAAUAACGGGUAAUGACAGUGGCACGAUCUUUGCGAUGAAGGUCUUACGUAAGGCUUCAAUUAUAAGGAACCAGAAAGAUACUGCACAUACUAAGGCUGAAAGAAAUAUUUUAGAAGCUGUAAAGCAUCCUUUCAUCGUAGACCUUAUGUAUGCUUUUCAAACUGGUGGAAAAUUAUAUUUAAUUCUGGAAUAUAUGUGCGGUGGUGAAUUAUUUAGACAUUUAAAUGAUGAAGGCAUUUUUCUUGAAGAAACUGCUUGCUUCUAUCUAUCGGAAAUAAUAUUGGCCCUUCAACAUCUUCACUUACAAGGAAUUAUUUAUAGAGAUUUAAAACCAGAAAAUAUCUUGUUAGAUGCGGAGGGACAUAUAAAACUAACUGAUUUUGGUUUAUGCAAAGAACAUAUACAAGAUGGCACUGUUACACACACAUUCUGUGGUACUAUAGAAUAUAUGGCUCCAGAAAUUUUAACAAGAAGUGGACAUGGUAAAGCAGUAGACUGGUGGAGUCUUGGAACUUUAAUGUAUGAUAUGCUUACAGGUUCGCCACCAUUUACAUCUGAUAAUAGAAAGAAAACUAUUGAAAAAAUUUUACGUGGUAAAUUAAAUCUUCCACAAUAUUUAACACCUGAUUCUCGAGAUCUCAUUCGAAAAUUGUUGAAGAGACAAGUUGCACAAAGAUUAGGAUCUGGUCCGUCUGAUGCGGAACUAAAAAAUCAUCAAUUUUUCAAGCAUAUCAAUUGGAAUGAUGUUAUUUCCCGUAAAUUAGAACCACCAUUUAGACCAACAUUAGCCAGCGAAGACGAUGUAUCACAAUUUGAUAAAAAAUUUACGACAUCUGCACCAAUAGAUUCUCCUGCAGAAUACACAUUAAGUGAAUCUGCUAAUAGAGUAUUUCAAGGAUUUACUUAUGUAGCACCUAGUAUACUUGAAGAUAUGUAUUCGCAACCACGAGUAAUAAAUGCUAGAAGUCCACGUAGAGGCAAUAUGCGUGGUUUUUCUCCACGAACAACGCACUUUCAUUUACAUAAUAAUCAUGUGCAAAAUCAUAGACAUAAUGGAGUUGGACAUGGCAACGUAGAAGAUACAGAAAUGAUCGAAAUAGGCUAACUGCCACUUUUUCUUAUAGUGAAAAAAUGCUUAGCAUUUCGGCCUAACUGCUAAAUAUCCAUGACCAAUCCUUGUGUCUCAGGGAGGGAUUUUAUAAGAUAUAGAUGGAAUAGCAAAAGGAUAGGUCUAAUAUCCAUUGCUUCAUUGGAUAUUCAGCAGUUAAAUUUAGCUAAUUUUUUUUUUAAAUCAAGUUUAAUUAUGAUAAAGGUACUAAUUAAGAUUAUGCUUUAAGUGCAGCGACGCAGCAGUUAUUUGGUAGCAUAUAAUAAAAAAAUAUAUAUUUAUGAGUAAAAAGAGCUCUCGCAACAUAAAUAAUCAAGAGGGAAGUUUUAUUUACUUAUUUUUGUUGGUAACUAUGUACUGAAUAUUAUAAAAGAUACAUUAUUCGCAUACAUUAGUCAAAAUACUGCAUAUGUUUCAUUAAUUCAUUAAUAUGUAAUCACUUACUAUGUUUUUUGUACAUAUGAUCCACAGGUUGGUUGGAUAUUCGUAUAUAUAUAUAUAUACAUAUAUAUAUAUAUAUAUAUAUGUAUUUCUAUAGAAAAAGAGAAUACACACAAACAUCAUUUAAACUAAGUGCGACAGACUGAAAAAUUCCAGCACUUUUAGAGAUUCAUAAAUUAUAUUGUUAAUACACAGGUUCAACCAUCUUGUAAUUACUUGUAUAUUUAAAAGUCCGUACACGGCGCUUAUAAUAAUAUUGCAGUGUACACAUGCUUAAGUGUAAUUAAUUCAAAGAAAAGAAAAAAAUCAGAGAAAGAAAGAAUAGAUAAAAGACAAAUAGAUUUAAAUAAGAAGACUUACAGCUGCCACAACCGCUCCGCCGCUCAAAAUUCCAUAUCCGGUUGUUCAUUUAAAAAAUAUUUUCAGCAGUAAUAACGUUUCCAUGGCAAUAAUAUAAACAAUAACACAUCUGCACGAUAGUCUUAGACAAAAUGUUUAUGUAAUAUUGCAACGGAAUUGCAUUUGUACAAUUGAAAGUUCCUAAAGAAAUGCAAGUUCAAAAAACUUUGCAAUUUAUAUUCCAAACUUUAAACAUACAAAUAACAUUUGUAGAAGUAUUUGUUUAUUUAUUAUAAGAAAUUUAAUAUUAAUUUAACCACUUGAAUGCCUUAGCAAAAAGGGAAACAAACUUUUGUUCCAGUUUGAUAUAAUUAACAAAAAAAUUUAACAUAAAAACAAGUUACCAUGGUAACAAUGUUACUGCAAAAUGUUAACUUUCCACUAUUACCAGAAUAUGUUUCGUAUCUUAAUGUUCGUGUUUACACGUUAUUUAGUGUGACAUAUAUCGCAAUUUAUUUAAAUAUCUAUUUGUUACAUAAAUAUUUAUAUAUUAU